UCAUGCGCACGGAUUGGCCAAGAGUUUUUACAUUACGUUUCGGCCUACUGUUUCCGCAAAAAUUAAUAUAAUUGCCCCACUGUAUAGCAAUUUACCACACUAACAACGGCAUAAACUUUUUUUCUUAUUUUCGGUAUUGUCAUAUUGAUUGUAAGGUACAAUAUCUAUCACAUUGAGUAUACUAACAAGUGUAUAACUUUUUAAAUCACCAUCGUCAUCAGCAUUUACGUAUUCUGAGCUACAGCUACAGCCGUUCAUUUACGCGCGGUCUAUUCCUAGAACGCCAAUUUUCUACUUUUGACGGUUUCUCCAGUUACUUUUAAAAGAAUGUCGUCAAAACUUGAACAGAUUUUGGUUAUCGAGCCACCACAUGAGCUUAAAUUCAAAGGUCCAUUUACUGAACCAGUUCAAACAGUAAUGGUUUUGAAAAAUCCAGUUGAUAAGACAGUUGCUUUCAAAAUAAAAACCACUGCACCUAAACGUUAUUGUGUAAGACCAAAUUGUGGUGAACUCUAUGCUAAAGAAAAGGCAGAAAUUUCAGUAAUAUUGCAACCAUUUGACUAUGAUGCCAAUGAAAGAAACAAACACAAGUUCCUGGUACAAACUGUUGUUAUUGACCCAACUACUGACUAUGCAGAAGACGGGAAAACUUUCCAGUGGAGAGAUAUUAAUGAAAGUAGAAUAAUGGAUUCCAAAUUGAAAUGCUCUUUUGAAAUGCCUACUAUUGAACAAUUAAUGGAGUCAAAAAAUAUUCAUGAAGAUACUACUGCUAUGCUAGACAAUAAUGCUGUGUCUGAAUUACAAAAAGCAACUUCUGAAGUGAAAGAAUUACGAGAAGAAGAAAAUGUAUUAAGACAAGAAAACAUUAAAUUAAAAGAAGAAUUAUUACGACUACAACAAGAAAUUAAGAAUCAAAACUUUCAAAAACGCUCUGCUGGCAAUAGCCAUCAUGUUGCCAUUCAAAGUAAAAAUGUCAAUAUUACCUUGAUGUUAGGCUUGGCAAUAUUAGUUGCUUUGUUAGGUAUAUUAGCUGGCAAAUAUUUAUUCUAGUAAAAACUGUUUUUAUCAAAAAUAUUAUAAAAUUAAAAAAAAAAAAAGUAAAAGCUGUCUUUUAUAUCAAUAUUAAAUAUUAAUUUUAAAACUGAUGAAUUCUAGGCAA